AUGUUCUUCAACAAGUCCUUCCUGGCCACUACUCUGGCCGUUUUUGCCUCCGGCGUUAUCGGCCAGAUCAUCGACAUUGAAUACGGAACCAGCGAAUACGACGCCCACGAACAGAAGGUUGAAUUGCAGAAGCUCACUGAGCUGGAUUACCCCGGCGAUUACUCUUACUUCUCUACCCCUGAUAUCUGUGAUCUGUACAGCAACACCGAAGAUUACCCGGCUCUCUCGAAGAUUGGUGGUACGGGAGAGAUCCCUACGACAUACAUUGAUGCUGUCUACUGCUAUACUCGGGCGGAGGAGGAUCCUCUUUUGUAG